AACUUUAUGUUUUCUAUAAUGUCAGGACAUGACGCUCAUAAUACUUCAGUUCGCAUUCAACCGGAAAUACGUGUGGAACGAGUGAUCAGACUAGGCUUUCCUCUCAGCAGAAGAUCAUUAUUGAAGUCCCGGGUUGGAAAAGUGAUAGAUGGAGAUCCAUCUUUUAGCGAUCAGACGGAGCUUACGAGCCAGAUAACACAAGUUGUAAAAGACGACACAUUUCUAACGAUAAAUGGAAGAGACGCUGACACGCGUUUCAAGCGGGAGGUAUCUCGCAAAAGAAGAGAUUGCGCUCUGAACGAUCAAUAUUGUAAGGUGUUGUUGCACACGGUGCAAGACUAUCUGGUGAAUCUCAAUAAUAAGUUUUCAGCGACAAACGACGAAAAAUCAUUGCCUAGAGAUAUUUUAAAGUGUCUUGAGUGUAAACAAAUAAGCAUCGCGAAUGAAAAUUAUACGUCACGAUUGAAAGAUCGAUAUUUCCCGCAUGAUUAUACCGAGCAAAAUCGUUCGAGCGAUUUUAGCACUACCAUCAAGUUACUGGAUGACAGAGAGGCUGAAAAUGGCUCAAAGCUGCCGGAAGUUAAUCAGAUAAAAGCGGCAGAUAUCCAACUGCUGGAAACGGACUCAGUUAUCGAUGAUCCAUUACAAAAUGCCACGAAUCAGUCAUUGAAAGACGUCAUAUCGGAAACCAGUACUGUAUCAAUUAAUUACACAAAUUCUAAUGGAAGCCAACGGAUAUAUGUAAACGACACUGACAGUAACAAUUCAGACGUCAACGUUAAAUGGUCCGACAGGAAUUCAGUCGUAAAUAACUCGCCUGUGAUGAAAAGCCAAAACAAUGAAGGCAUUUCUGCAGUAUCGAAAAAUGAUCAACAACAAAGUAUAAUAACCGCAAACGAAGGUGUCACGAGUGUAAAGCCGUUGUUCUUGAUGGAAUCGAGCACAAGAAUGCAUCAUGACACUGUUACAAAAGAUGAUGGAAAAUCCAUGAAAACCACGAUUGCAGCUGAUUCGAUAGGAACAACCGAAACAAGAAUACGGACCAUCAUUGAUCUUACGAAGCAGAUUACUGAAAACGUGACCAGUGUGCCAGUGGUAUACGACGUGACUGGAAUCAAUGGUAAUACGGUGCAUCCUUCAGCGCAUCCUUCGUUCGAGGGACACCCGGAAAAUCGAUCGACUACAGCAACGAACGGAUCAAGAUUGAAAGAAAAUCAUCGUGAUAACAAGCAUUUCAUGCCGGCCGAUCAUUUCCAAAUAAAAGACAAUGGCAAACCUAUGCCAGUAGCCGUGAAGACCACGAAAUCCUUUCAGCAGUUACAACUGACCCCCACAACGUGGACAAUGCCACAUCCAAUCUGUUUCUUUGGCUAUCCUGGACAAUUUUCCAACAUGCCAUUAUCUCCAGAAUCAGCAUUUUACUCAAGUCCCUCUUCAACGCAACAUCGCGGAUUUCCUUUUCAAAACCCGCUUCAUCAAGAUUGA